AUGGCACAAAUCGAAGAAAGAGAGCUUUUCGGCGGCGCCAUUACCGGCGCUGUACCACGAGGUUGGAUAGAUGGGAGCACACUCCGCGAAGUCCCCGACCACCAAGAGAUGUUCCUCUCACCCACAACACUCUCAAACCUCAUCUUUGAGAUCAACGAAUACGUUCCCCAUUCAUCAUCUGGGGGUUUGGGUGCUGUGACUUCAGGCUUAGACGUCGAAUUGCCGACAUCAGUCCACAUCGACGCUGACUCCGAGGAUGUUGCGGCGGCCAUGUAUCACAUUUUCGAUAUCUGCGAUGGUGAUGAUACCAUGGACAUUAUCCGCGAGCCUAAGAGGGUUCCUCUUAAGAAACUUACUGCAUCUCCAAUGGGAGCAAAGGCUUCUGCGUAUGCGGGACUGGUCACGUUUACUUCCCCCCGAAAGCAGAGGCGAGAAGGAGGGAUGCAGCGACUACAGAAUGCAGUAGUUGAACAGAAUGCAGCGAGUGGCAGUACACCGCCUCCCCCCGACAAAUCAACGAAUAAUUGCCAUUUCCUGUUGGUAAGACUACCAGAUCAAUCGACGGAUUUGUUGGCUUUUGUGAAUGUACCGCAGGAUGAGUUUUUGGUGCAGGGGAAUACUGCGGGGUUGGCCCAGGAGGAGGAGCUGGCGGAGAAGGUGAUUGAAAAAUUUACGGAAGUGCUUGAGAUCAAAAAUUGGGGCUUGUUUGGUUCGCAGUGA